CCUACAUAUUAGCAACCAAAGGAGUCCAUAGCAUCAGUGGCUGCUGAGAUGUACGAGCUUCCGGUUCUCCCGGCAGCUGCCAUCACUGCUGAGGCCUCAGCAGUCUGUGCCACCUACUGUCUCCAGGCCUCAAAGCCGGAGUCCCCUCACUUUCCCUCCCCUGCGCGCUCAUGCUCCCUCCUGCAGCCAGGGCGGUCGGCCGGACGGCUCCCGCUUGGUGAGACGGCGGUCUGAGAACGAUGAAGGCCCGGCUCUGCCGCCGCUGUCUCAGCCGCCUCCUGGCCUCCGUCCUCCUCCUGCUGCUGCUGCCAGCGCUCCGCGGGCUCCUGGCGGAGCUGCUGCCGGCAGCCGAGGCCGCUCCCGGUCCUGGGCCUCCGGACCCCGGCCCGCGAACCCUGCCGCCGCUGCCCCCGGGCCCCACGGCCGCCCAGCCUCCCGGCCGCGCUCGGGCCGAUGCCGCGGCUCCGCGAGGCUCCGAGGCCGGCAAUGGCAGUAGCUCCGGGGCGGGGCUUGCGGCGGAUGACCUCGGAGGGAAGGCCGGGGAAGGCUCAGCAGACAGCGGCCUCGCCGUGAGCCCCAACCCUGGCGACAAGCCCAUGACCCAGCGGGCGCUGACGGUGCUGAUGGUGGUGAGCGGCGCGGUGCUGGUGUACUUCGUGGUCAGAACCGUCAGGAUGAGAAGAAGAAACCGAAAGACAAGGAGAUAUGGAGUUUUGGACACUAACAUAGAAAACAUGGAAUUGACACCUUUAGAACAAGACGAUGAGGAUGAUGACAACACAUUGUUUGAUGCAAAUCAUCCUAGAAGAUAAGAAUGUGCCUUUUGAUAGAAGAUUUCAUCUCUCUACCAUGAAGAGCAGAGUUUCUAUGUUUAAGGAAUAAGAAACCACUAUGCCAACGGGGGGAAGGGGGUAUUUAAGUUCCAUCCAUUAUGACAACUUUUAAUUUGUUGUUACUGUGCUAAGUAUUGUAUUAUUUUGUUAUGUAUUUGUAUGUACAGAAGUGCUCUAUUUGUGGGCUUUGUGUUCUUAGGAGUAAACUAUACUGUAAUAGUUUAUUUGAAAACUACUUUAAAUGGUGUUUUCUGAUAAGUUUUUGUUUCUUGCUUACCAUACUAUUGUAAAUUGUUUUAUGUACUAAUCAAUUAAUGUUAAUUAUUUUUGCUGAUAUCAUAUUUUUAAAAACUAUUAACCACAACAACCAACUGGUGUGUAAAAAUAAUUAA